CAGACACACACAUAUUGUAUGGUUGACACACUCAGACCAACGCACAUGCACAUGCAAAAAGUGAGUGGGAGGUUAUCCUAUCACCAGCAACCAUAUGUACACGCAGCGCAGCAAACGGCAGGGCAGGGCAGCCGACACACUUGUACAAGUCAGCAACGGAUGGACAGAUUGAUUCAUUUGCACCCCCUCCCCCAUCCAUCCAUCCAGCUCAACACAUCCCCCCGCUAUCAAUCAGUCAGUCCAUCGAUCAGGUGCCGCGUGCCGCCCGUGAGGACUUCUGCUGGGGCACAAACCGGCGGUAGUACGCAUUGGCCCUCUCCUGCACACACACAUCGGACACAUCGGACACACACAUCGAACACAUCCGUAUUAGCGCUUGGGUGGCUCGGCUGUCUGUGUGCGUGGCCCACGCACGCACCUUAUGCACAAACUGCACGGACUCGGGCAGCUCCCCCAGGCAACGCCCUGACCGACCACACAGCAGCCGUGGUGUAGGAGAACAGAACAGACCGGCGUCAGUCCAGGGGGUCCCAGUCGCCCACCUGGCGUCCCUCCAAACACGGUGAAUGGCGGCACCACUGUGUCGGGUGGCAGGAUCGUCCCUGCAGAAGGGAGGCACCCACACACACACACAAAAAGAGCAACAGAUCGUUGGGUGCCUUGUCGUCGUGCCUUCAAGUGUGCCGCCCGCCACGCCCUCACCCGGCAGUAUGCGGCAGUUGUCCUUGAUGACACACCGCUUGCACUGACAGCCCACAACACAACACAACACAACACAACAAGAGCCAACCAAGCCACACACACGUUGGCCUCUGGGACGGGCCAGUGCUCUGUGCAUCCCUCCUGUGUAUGUAUCGCGUGGUUACUUACAAUGAUGCAGUUGUCUCCGAUGUCGACAUAGGAUCCGAUGAGGGCCGCGUUGACGACCGUCUUGUCCCCUAUCGUCACGUAGUCGCCGAUGGCCAUCGGGAAGAACGCAAACCCACUGCAGUCAGUGCAGUCAGUGCAGACACACACAGAUGCGGAACAACAUGUCAUGACUUGGUGGUGGUGCUGUGGUGGGCAGGCAGGGCACCCCACCCUCUGUAUUUCUUGUAAGGCGGCCUGAGCACGGUGUCCUCGCCCACAAUGACAUACUUGCCGAUCCUCAGCAGCGCCAAAUCGCCACGAAGGAUCACACCGGGCUUGAUUAUCGACUGCAUGACACACACAACACCGGAACGAACAGAGAGUCAGAACGUCAGCAGAGGUGUGUUCAGUGUUGUUUGUUUUCAGACCCGUCCUGACAGCUGAAUGUUUUGGCUGCCGCAGAGGACCGAUUUGCGGCUGACUUUGUUGCCCGACGCCGUCUGGAUGUACUCAGACUUGUGGUAGUAGAUGGGAUCCUCCACAUACAUCGACAACAUAUCGAUAGAACUAUCACUCUCUCAUCUCACGUCAUGUGGGCCAUGAAAGGCCUUGUGGGACCGUGACUGAGAAGAAUUCUCCUUCAACGUCGCAGCUUCC